CUGUCCAUCUCUCUCUCUCUUUGUUCCCUCUCUCUCUCUCCCAGGUGUCGAUGAGUGACUGAGGGGAUGUGAUGGCAGAGCUAGCAGGCAGGACAGAUCCGAGCAGACCUCCUGCUGAACACUGAACCAACUGGAUGCAACACGUUAGAGCCUAGACAGAAUGGAUUUUCCCAAUUACACUGAAGGGGUGUUUGCCACAAACAGCAGUGGUAAUGACACACUGGAGACCACUAAACCCCCUCCCAGUAAGAUACUGCUCACACUGACCCUGUCUGUACUGGCUAUCCUGACUACAUUCUUCAACUGCCUGGUGAUCACAGCGAUCGGAGUCACACGCAAGUUGCACCACCCGGCCAAUUACCUCAUCUGCUCCUUAGCAGUGACCGACCUGCUGGUGGCUGUGCUGGUCAUGCCCUUCAGUAUCAUGUACAUCCAGAAAGAGAUGUGGGGUAUGGGUCAGGUGGUGUGUACCAUCUGGUUAAGUGUGGAUAUCACUUGUUGCACAUGCUCCAUCCUGCACCUUGCUGCAAUCGCCAUCGACCGUUACAGGGCCAUUACUGAUGCGGUGGAGUACUCUCGCAAACGCACAGGGGCAAGGGCUGGAGCGAUGGUUGCAGUAGUUUGGCUCUUGUCCAUCCUCAUCUCACUUCCUCCUCUAAUCUGGCGGCACUACAGUGGAGAUGCAGACCAGGUAGACCAGUGCAUCAUGAUGCACCAUCACAUGGCCUUCACCUUGUACUCCACCCUUGGAGCGUUCUACAUCCCUCUGGCACUCAUCCUCAUCCUCUACUACAAAAUCUACCGGGCUGCUCAGACCCUGUAUAUGCGCAGGGAGGCAAGCCGAGCUAGCCGUCACUCAUGCAUGACCAAUGGGAGCAUGAUUCCAGCCUACCCUGCUGGAGAUGGUGAUGAUGAUGGGGGACCUCGAAGUCCAGAGCCCAUAAGCCCCCCCGAAAAGUCUGUGUCUGAACCCUCAAAUGAGGAGCCUCCACGUGAACGGGUUCGUGUAUCAGUGAAGGCUUUCAAGUACAAGUCACGCAGGCAUGAGUCACGUAGUGAGUCACGUCGGAGCCAGCUUUACCAAGGACCACGGAUCUCGGGCUCACGGGAGCGCAAAGCGGCAUCAACCCUGGGCUUGAUAAUCGGGGCCUUUGUCAUCUGUUGGUUGCCAUUUUUUGUCAAGGAGGUGAUUGUCAACACCUGCAGUUCUUGCAGUACUUCGAUGGAGAUGGCUGAUUUUCUGACAUGGCUAGGCUACAUCAACUCACUAAUCAACCCCCUAAUCUACACCAUCUUUAAUGAAGACUUCAAAAAAGCAUUCCAAAGACUUGUUAGGUGCAGCCAUUACCUCUGAUGGUUACAACUAUGUAUGAUGAUACCCAUAUUCCACUACAUGUACACGUUACCAGGCGGGGAUAAACUAAAAGAUGGCUGUCAGAGAAUACUGACUGAAUACUGACUCAAGUUGCCAGAGGGAGAAUCAGGAUUGACUCCCAUUCCCAGAAACUCCACCAGGGACUCAACAGCCUCAAUGGCACCAGCUCAGCGAUGCAGCCAAGUACCAUAUUGAAAUCCAAGUCCCGCUAUUAAUAGAAUGGCCUGAGAUUUCCUUGAUGUUAAUUGGUGUGUUUGAAAGGACACUGACAUGUUGGUUUUUAGAAAAUGGGCCAUCGCUGACCUUUUUAAGGUCUGGGUUUUGAGCAUUAGUCCCCAUUAAAGGGCCUUGAAAUAGCUGAUCAUUAUGGCUUUUCCAUCUAAUGACCUCCAUUCUAUCUAGUCCAAGCUGCUGGCUGAAAUACAGAACAUGUGUAAAA